GGUAUUGGCAAGGGACUUCUGGAAAAGUACCUCGCUCGACCGAACCAUAUGGUCAUCGGUAGCGUGCGGGAUACCAAAGCUCCAGCAUCCCAAGACUUGGAGAAACUUCCCAAGGCAGAAGGCUCCCGGCUCCUUCUUGUUAGCAUCGAUAGCAUAUCACCAAACGACCCUCUCCAAGCGUUCAAGGACGUCGAAGCAGCCGGAAUCAAGCAUCUAGACAUCAUCAUCGCCAACGCUGGCAUGGGCCCGAUGCCACCCAAAAAGCUGGACACCGCAGAAAUCGAGACCAUAGAGUACACCCUGCAGGUCAAUACUCUGGGCCCCAUUCGUCUCUUCCAGGCUUUCAAGCCACUUCUCGACAAGUCCAGUUCGCCGAAGUGGGUUUCGGUAUCGAGCGGUGCUGGUUCUAUCACCAACUGUGAGAAGUACAUGGCGUUUUAUGCCGGUGCUUAUGGUGUGUCCAAGGCCGCUCAGAAUUGGUUCACUGUAGCGAUUCAUGCGGGCAAUCCUUCGCUGGUCGCAUUUGCCAUUCAUCCUGGGCGUAGACAUGUUCAGACAGAGAUGGGUAACAUCGGUGCGCGCAUCGUGGGACUCAAAGAAGCCCCGCAUACGAUUGAGGAAAGCACCUCAAAGACGAUAGACUUGAUCGACAACGCAACACGCGAGAGUACAUCGGGCAACUUCAUCAACGUCAUUACUGGCCAGGAGAUUCCUUGGUGA